UAUAUUUUUGUUCCACCUUUUUCAUUUUUUAAUCGGGGGAGGGGGAUAUCUGGCCAAAGAUGAACACCAUCGUGUUUAACAAACUGAGCAGCCAGGUCCUGUUUGAGGAGAAGGCGAAAGAGGUGGAGAUGAGCAGCAGAAAUUAUCUAGAAGUCAUCGACGGGCAACAUCCAGACCUCCUCUCCAGCAACCAGAGCAUCAGAGACAACCAGGCCAUCAGACACAGGAGGAACGGGGGUCGACCCAGCGGCGGUAAAGUGCGACACAAGCGCCAGGCCCUGCAGGACAUGGCGCGGCCGCUGAAGCAGUGGCUCUACAAGCACCGAGACAACCCCUACCCCACCAAGACCGAGAAGAUCCUGCUGGCCCUCGGCUCGCAAAUGACCCUGGUCCAGGUCUCCAACUGGUUCGCCAAUGCCAGGAGGCGACUGAAGAACACGGUGAGGCAGCCCGACCUGAGCUGGGCGCUCAGGAUCAAGCUCUACAACAAGUAUGUCCAGGGAAACGCAGAGAGGCUCAGCGUCAGCAGCGAGGACAGCUGCUCAGACGAUGGGGACAACCCUCAGAGGACACAGAGUGACCCCGAGGUGCUCAACAAGCCCAUGUACCAGAGCGUGAUCAAGAAGGAGGGCUCCUCCAUGGUGGGCAUGGGCAUGGGAAUGGGAAUGGGCAUGGGUAUGGGUAUGGGUAUGGGCAUGGGCAUGGGCAUGGGAGCGGGGCUGCGCUCGGCCGCCUCCCUGGCUGAAGACUACGUGUCUCCGCCAAAGUACAAGAGCAGCCUGCUGCACCGCUACCUGAACGACUCGCUACGCAACGUCAUGGUGGCCAACGCCGUCAUGGACGCCCGCAAGAGGAACCACUCCGGCUCCUUCAGCUCCAACGAGUACGAUGACGAGCUGCUCUCGCCGUCCUCCUCCGAGGCGGAGGCGAACUUUGUUUAUCGGACUGAAACCACAGACCACGGAUCAAGUAAAUGUGACAAUGGCAGCAGCGGCGGCGUCGGAGCUGCGCAAAAGGAGAGAGCGAAGGGCAAAGAUGAGACGUACUGGAGGGAGAUCAACGCCGCCAUGGCCUUGACCAACUUGGCGCAGGGAAAGGACAGCGCCUCCGGGACCACCAGCUGCAUCAUCCAGAAGUCCUCCCAUAUAGCAGAGAUCAAGACUGUUAAAGUGCCGCUGAUGCAUAAUUAUUAGCUUCGAUGUCAUCCUCCCAUCUCUCUAUGCAAACCAGCAAACAUUCCUGCUUCAGACAGCUCAACGGGGUCCACAUAGACUCACACAGAAGUGAAAAGAGAACUCUUGUGUAGGGAAGAGGGGGAGAGGAAGUGUGGAUCACAAAGAGAAACCAUUAUUUUUGGUUGUUAUUGGUGUCUAAAAAAGUGCUAAGGAGGCCUUGACCAUCAUUUUCUUUGACACAUUAUUUUUCUGCAGUAUUUCCUACAAUAAGAGACUUUUUGUAAUGUUAACUUAUUUUUUACGAGUCUGAUUACUUUUCUUAUUUUUUAUUUCUCAUUUUUGUUAACGCUACGAAACUGUGUGUUUUGCCAAAAGUGCCUUUGUUGUUUGGAAGAAUAACUUGCCGACUGCGGUCAAUGCAAAGUACAGAUCCCGAGGUGCCUCUUUGGAAUAUCUAAUUAAGUUUAGCGCCACAGUCGUGAUUUAGGACUCGUUUUUCUCAAUGGAAACUCCCCAUUCACAGCAGCCGAGUGCCUUAAGGCCUGUAUGAGCUCACCAUCUGAGGCACUGAACUCAAAUAGACACACACACACACACACGCACACAUGUGUGCACACACCCGGCAGUGAAUCCCUGAAGGAAUUGUGCUUAUUUUGACUGGAGUCUUCAUUUUGACUGUACCGAACACUGUUUUGUCUCCGUCGGCCUCUCGUUGCUGGAAAGGCCAACAAUAACUGUCUGUUAUGUAGAUACGUUGCCCCAGCUCGAGCAGCAGCAUAUCGAUAAGCCGACUCGACGCGCUCCACCUUGUCCACAUGUCGGCCUUGGAGUUCGCCACCCGACGAAGGAUUCCGUUCUUAUCUGGGCUGUUUUUUUACCCCGGUCAUUGAAACGGGCCCGAGCGCUCAGCUGGGCCCUGAAUGACGUCCCGCUCACCCACGCAGUGGCAAGAUGUACGCAGCACGCUCUACGGUUCAGCACAGUAUCAGUUCUGACAGACCGUGACCUAAAAGGGAUGUUUUUGCUUUGUAUUAUCAGUGUUUUAUGUGGACAUUGUUGUCUUUCCACGUGUUUGUUGCUCAGAACAAGAUAGUCCGGAGUGAAUGAAAAGGAAAAGGAUAGAGAAAAAGAAAGAACAAAAAAAACAGCCACCACCAGCCUUUUGAUCCUCAGCCCUCUCAGCUGUUUAGCAUUACAUCCAAAUUGCUGUUUACAAGAAGCCAGAGGACGGACUUAAAAAGUUUGACUUUCUCCCCCUCGCUUUUUUUUUUUUGUCUUCAAAAAUACAUUUCAGUAUUAUCUUUUUGUCGGCAAAGCAAGUGUUCAAAAGUAUUUGUUAUUGUCAGUCUGUGUGGUCGUUUUGUUUUUGAUCAAAACGUCCUACUUGGUUUCCCUUAACCACAUUAAGAGCUUCUUUUGUCAUUCAAUGGAAAGAAUCUUCUUACGUACGGUGCAUAUGUUGUAAACGUUUGAGACAAAUGAUGGUGCCAAGUUCACAAGGGGGGGGGGGGUAUAUUGGACUUAUGGGAGAAACUGAAGUUGGCGCUCAUUGCUGACUUUUUAAUUUCAUGUAUAUCUUUAAGGUACUGUUUAUGUGUGUCAAAAUGUACACUCUUUCAUAAAUUGAGCAAUUUUGUUUGUAUUUUUUUGACAACCCAUACUGUGCUUAUUAUGGUCAAGGACAUCGACGAGUGAAGCUGCACAAAGUGACUUUUUGACAUUUCUUUGUUGUUUUUAUGUCUUGAAUGUGCAACCUAUUUCAAAAGAAAAGAAGAAGGAAAAAAAGAAGCUGCACUUCCAGUUCUUGGUUUUCGAUCAGAAAACACACAGCCUCCAUUGAGAGAGUUUUUUUUACAUAGAGGUGACGAGAAGUGAAAGAAAUGAAGGACAGCCCUGUAUUAUUCCCCUUGGCGUGCCUAUGGAGGGAUAAUGAAAUCAAUCGCACUAGCCAAUCCCCAGGCACUAUUUGCUCAUGCAAUGUGUUUUUUCUACACCUGAUCCAGGCAGGGUAGCUGCGGGGUAGUGCCGGGCCCGCUCCUUGUGUUUCCAAUCGCACCUCUGGACCUCUGGACCACUCGCGACCCUCACACCUCACACGAUACCCGCUCGCUUGGAAGACGAGAGGGAG